AUGGCAAGCACUUCACAUGUUGGGCCUUAUCCAGGUCCACCAGCAGCAAGAAGAGCGGCUUCCGCCGGUGCCGUAUCUUCUCAUGGAUCAUCUAGCCAGAGCGUUGAAAGUUCGUUUUCGCGCUCAUCAUCUAGGCAAAGAGGCUGGCAUCCAGGGAUGCCAUUACCCGGUCCUCCACCAGGACCACCUCCACCAACAUCGAGAUCCCAAAGUACUGGCGGUGUGAAGAACAACGGGCCGUCUCAAACCGUUGGUCAAAGCAGUCGACCAUCGCACCGGGUUCCAUUAAGGGCACCAUUAUUAAGCCCACUCCCAGCAACCCCAGCAAAUUGGCGAGAUGGCUCAACCUCACGAUCUAGUUCCAAAGCAGCACCACUGCACAUUGAAACUUCAAACCUUGAGAAUGGAGGUUCUGCUCAGGCAGGCCUAAGUCGAAGUGCCGCUCUUCGGGUUUCGUCUGCAAAGGGUCUCUUGGAACGACGCAAGCACCGACGGAGUAUGUACGAUGGACCAAUAACGGACUGGAGCGCACUCACUAUCGAGACAGACCCAUGGUCAGAUGCUGUGAGCCCGACAGGAUUUAGUCCAGAUCAAUCCCCUACUAUAGACUCUCGGAUCCCAGCAAUGAGUCCAGAAUCAAGCCGACGAGCAAUGACUUCUAGUAGACGAACAACGCAAACAUCAGUUGAUGAUCAAACGUCCAAUCCAACACAAGUAGCCCUGAAGUCUAAUAACCCCUUCAGUCCGAGAGUUGCUACCCCGGUUUUCCCACCCAAAUCUCUUCCAACACCCCCACUGAGCCAGAAAAAUCCAGCAUCAGCUCACAGUGUACUCCCAUCAACAGCCUCCUCGGUAUCAGACCUACUUCAUGAAGUAGACUCGUUCAUAACGGAUGCUGUAAACCGCCACCAUCAAUUCUUGGUGCGGGAAAGCCAGGCUAGCAGCGAUUUGGAGCGGCUACAACUCUUUGCACAAUUUAUUGCAUCAGAGGCCACAAUAAGAAGAGCACGAUAUCCCGGACCAUUCACGGAUGGCACCCUGAAGGCCAAUGCAGGCAGCCAACGAUUGUUCGAUGCGUUACUCUCCAACAAUAGUGAAGAAGCCUUGAAAAGUCCCCCUGUAAGCAAAGAGCGGGCUUCAAUGCAUGGCCUUCGAAUUGAUCCUCCUCAACGACCAGAAACCGCAUGGUGGAAAGAUUAUCGCCCAGCCCUGUCACCAAUCGCAAGCAUGAGUAAUGACGAAGCCAGCUCUCGUGGACGUACUGCAAGUCGUUGGUGGCAAUCGCAAACGGCAGAUAGUAAUUCUGAAGCAAUUGGUGGGGCGCGAAAACUGAAACGUUCUAAAAGAGAAUCGAAAUAUAUGGGACUCUCAGCACUCUCUGUUGAAGAAGUUCUUUCGGAAGCUGCAACUCCAACACAGCUUGAUCAAAUUGUUGAAAAUGGAGGCGGAUAUGCUCAGGAAAAAGUGGAUCCGGAUACAUUUGGGAUAUAUGAAGAUGAAGAACCUAUUCUGUAUAUGGACCGAUCAUCAAGCUUUCCGAUGAGCCCUCAAGCUGUGGACAUUUCUCGCUUUAUAACACUUCCUCCACCUUAUCCACGUCACUAUCCUGCUGUAAACAACAGUCAUCCAAAACUGGCAGCUUCGCGGAAUUUGGUACGAACACUCAGCGAUCUGACAGAGUUGGAGGACCGGAGAUCUCGGUAUAAUGUUAGUGUGGAGGCAUUGCGAAUAGAGCACAAACGAAAAGUUCGAGAAGGACAGCACACAUUUAAAACGAAUAUACAUGCACAGAUCAGUGAUGGAAGCCUCACUUAUGCUGAAGCAGCGGAAGCGGAACAAGCAUUGAAGCUGGAUGAGAACAGGCAGGAGAAAGUCUGCUUACAAGCGGAAUUCGACACGUUACAAGAUGUGAUGAUCAAUCCGAUGCAUGACAUGUUGAAUGCGCGAGUUGAACAACUCACCACUGGUAUAGCUGAAUUGACCGAAAAACUAGUCGCGGAAACCCAAGAGCAGAACCUGGAUCGACCUCAACAGGAAGGAGAUGCUAUGCCGGAAAUUCUGGAAUAUUUGACACAGCUCAAAUGGUUAUUUGAGACCCGAGAGCAUGCGCACCAAGAAAUCUUCAAUCUUCUCAGUGAACGGAAUGAGAAGUAUAAGGCUAUUGUGUUGCUGCCCUACCACCAAGUUUCACACCUCGAGAAGAUCAGAGACACGGAGGAAUUCUUCCACCGGGAUAGCUUACAACGCAAGAGAAUAUUCCGGGAAGAAUCUGUCUCACGAUAUCAAACGUUAUGCCAGAUGGUGUCACAGCAUGUUGCACAAGAGGUUGAAUUGCAGUCCUCGGCGUUCUGGGAUAUUGCGCCGAGCAUUCUCGAUUUGAUUCAAAGAUUGCCUGAUGGUGAUAUCCCUGCCGGAGCCAUUGCCAUCCCACAAGCAGAGUAUGAAGAAAACCCAUCUUAUGUCGAGUUCCCACAACAAUACCUGUACACACUCCUCGACCAUGCCGAGAAAUCGACCUACCAAUUCAUCGAAUCACAAGUCAACCUGAACUGUCUUCUUCACGAAGUGAAACUCGGAGUGUUGAAAGCGCGAUGCCGAGCAGCAGAAGCGUGUCAAGCACAAAACAACACCAACAACCUCCCAACCGAGGAUCCACGAGAGACACGCGACAAGGAAGAAGCAGAGGCAACUGCCGAGCUGAAACAGCAGGUGACGAUGAUCGAAGAACAGUGGUUCGAGUCUUUGGGUAGAGUAUUACAAGACAAGAAAGCCCAGGUCAAGGCUGAUCUUGAGAUCCUGGGUGGUUGGGAUGACUUAGUCCAGGCGGCUGAAUAG